AUGGAAGGCUUGAGAGGAGGAGAGGGAUCGUCCAGUAACCAGUGCAGGAAUUUCCUCUCCAGCCCCUCGGUGUUUGGGAGCCCCUCGAGCAGGACGGUUCCGGGAUUGGCCUAUUCAGCAGCAGAUCGCUCCGGCUCAUCCCGGGCUGAGGCCACCAAAGAAGGUCCCACUUGCCCCGCUUCCACUGGCCCGUCCCUGGGCUACGGAUACCAUUUCGGCAACGGAUACUACAGCUGUCGCAUGUCUCAUGGGGUCGGGCUACAGCAGAACCCCCUGAAAUCCUCCAGCCAUGCUUCCCUAGGGAGCUUUCCAGUGGAGAAAUACAUGGACGUGUCUGGCUUGGCCAGUACCAGUGUCCCCAGCAAUGAGGUGUCUUCCAGGGCCAAGGAGGUGUCUUACUUUCAGGGCUACACCAACCCCUACCAGCAUGUGCCUGGCUACUUGGAUAUGGUCUCCACCUUUAGCUCUGGGGAGCCCAGGCACGAGAGCUACCUCUCCAUGGAAGGCUACCAGUCAUGGACUCUGGCUAAUGGCUGGAACGGGCAGGUUUAUUGUGCUAAAGACCAGUCCCAAGCCCCACACUUCUGGAAGUCCUCCUUCCCAGGAGAUGUUGCGCUAAACCAGGCGGAUAUGUGUGUGUACAGGCGCGGCAGGAAGAAGAGGGUGCCCUACACCAAACUCCAACUGAAAGAACUGGAAAAUGAAUAUGCAAUGAACAAAUUCAUUAACAAGGACAAGAGGAGAAGGAUAUCUGCCACCACCAAUCUUUCUGAGAGACAGGUCACUAUCUGGUUCCAGAACAGGAGGGUCAAGGACAAGAAGAUCGUGUCCAAACUAAAGGACACCAUCUCCUGA